AUGGCGGAGCUGGUGCAGGGGCAGAGCGCUCCGGUGGGGAUGAAGGCCGAGGGCUUCGUGGACGCGCUGCACCGGGUCCGGCAGAUUGCUGCUAAAAUAGAUUCAAUUCCUCACUUGAAUAAUUCCGCGCCCCUAGUGGACCCCUCCGUGUACGGCUAUGGAGUGCAGAAGCGGCCCCUGGAUGACGGAGUAGGUAACCAGUUAGGGGCCUUGGUACAUCAAAGGACGGUAAUAACAGAAGAAUUCAAAGUGCCUGAUAAAAUGGUUGGAUUCAUUAUUGGCAGGGGAGGUGAGCAGAUUUCACGGAUUCAGACAGAAUCUGGUUGCAAAAUUCAGAUUGCUUCAGAGAGUUCUGGGAUUCCAGAGAGGCCCUGUGUACUUACCGGAACCCCAGAAAGUAUUGAACAAGCCAAGCGGCUCCUGGGGCAGAUUGUGGACCGCUGUCGGAACGGGCCUGGCUUCCAUAACGACAUAGACGGCAACAGCACGAUCCAGGAGCUCCUCAUCCCCGCGUCCAAAGUGGGGCUGGUCAUCGGCAAAGGCGGGGAGACCAUAAAGCAGUUGCAGGAGCGGACGGGUGUGAAAAUGGUCAUGAUCCAGGAUGGCCCGCUGCCCACGGGAGCAGACAAGCCGCUUCGCAUCACUGGAGACCCGUUUAAAGUGCAGCAAGCAAGAGAAAUGGUAUUAGAGAUCAUCCGAGAAAAAGACCAAGCUGACUUCCGAGGAGUACGCGGUGACUUCACCUCCCGAAUGGGAGGAGGCAGCAUAGAGGUGUCUGUGCCUCGGUUUGCUGUUGGGAUUGUAAUAGGAAGAAAUGGGGAAAUGAUCAAAAAGAUCCAGAAUGAUGCUGGUGUGAGGAUUCAGUUCAAACCAGAUGAUGGAGUUAGUCCAGAGAGAGCCGCGCAGGUCAUGGGGCCCCCCGACCGAUGUCAGCAUGCGGCGCAUGUCAUCAAUGAGCUCAUUCUCACAGCCCAGGAAAGGGACGGCUUUGGAGGCCUCGCGGUAGCCCGAGGACGAGGCCGAGGCCGUGGCGACUGGAGCAUGGGCGCCCCUGGCGGCAUCCAGGAGAUCACGUACACGGUGCCCGCAGAUAAGUGCGGCCUCGUCAUAGGCAAAGGCGGCGAGAACAUCAAAAGCAUAAACCAGCAGUCCGGCGCGCACGUGGAGCUGCAGCGGAACCCCCCGCCCAACACCGACCCCAGCCUGCGGAUUUUCACCAUCAGGGGCGUUCCCCAGCAGAUCGAGGUGGCCAGGCACCUCAUGGAUGAGAAAGUCGGCGGUUCCAGUCUGGGAGCACCGGGAGCCUUUGGACAGAGCCCCUUCGGCCAGCCACCUGCUGCACCUCAUCAAAACACCUUCCCUCCUCGGAGCUCAGGGUGCUUCCCAAACAUUGCUGCUAAGGUGAACGGGAACCCGCACAGCGCCCCUGUGAGCGGUCCUCCCGCCUUUCUGACCCAGGGCUGGGGCAGCACCUACCAGGCCUGGCAGCAGCCCACGCAGCAAGUCCCAAGCCAGCAGAGCCAGCCGCAGAGCAGCCAGCCCGACUACAGCAAGGCCUGGGAGGACUAUUACAAAAAGCAGAGCCACGCUGCCAGCGCCGCGCCUCAGGCCAGCUCCCCGCCGGACUACACCAUGGCCUGGGCCGAGUAUUACCGACAGCAGGUUGCUUUCUACGGGCAGACGUUAGGGCAAGCUCAGGCCCACAGCCAGGAGCAGUAG